AUCCUAAUAUUCCCGGCAGCCUUUGAAGGCAGCAGCAGAGUCUCUUCGGUUCACACUUCCUUCGAGAAGCUCACUAGUGCAGCCAUUUUGAUUAGAAGCCGCAACGCUGGAGAGAAACUGUCUGGAAAAGGUGUGAAUCCAGAGGAGAGAGAUGUGGGACCAGGGAGGACAGCCCUGGCCGCAGUGGCCUCUGAGCCAGCAGCAGUGGAUGCAGUCUUUCCAGCACCAGCAAGAUCCAGGUCAAGUGGACUGGGCUGCUCUGGCACAGGCAUGGAUAGCCCAAAAGGAAUCGACAGGAGCAGAGCAGCAGAACAUUCAACCCAAUGGCCAGGAUAUCCCAGGACUUGAAUCUGUUGGACAAAGCAACCAUGGUGCCUUCCAGGGUGACCCAGCAUUUGGCAGAAUGUGGCAGCCAGAAUGGGGAAUGCACGGACAGCCCCCUCCUCCUCCACCUCCUGACCAGGCCUGGAUCCCUCCAGGGUCAGGACCAAUGGAUGUGGUGAAUCCCAGUGAGGACAGCAACAGCCAGGACAGCGUGGAGUUCAACUCUGAAGCCCACCACGGGGUUUACCCCCAGAACAGCCAUGGGUAUGGGGCACAGCCCGACAGCUACGCCAUGGCCCCCAUGGCCAUGAACCAGUUUGAUUAUCAGCAUGGAGCUGCUUCAUCCUUUGCCCCCACCCCCACGGGUUUCCACUCUCCAUACUGGCAGGGUCCUCCUCAGAACAGACGAGAUACCAGACCCCCCGGAUUCAGAGACCGGCCCAGAUCCCCCAUCCAGCUCCCUGUCAAACAGGAGGCCCCAGCACCGUUAGAUGCUGUAAAAAGACGAACACUACCUGCUUGGAUCCGUGAAGGCCUUGAAAAGAUGGACAGAGAGAAGCAGAAGAAGCUGGAGCGAGAGCGAAUGGAGAAGGAGCGUGCAGAAAUGGCAAAAGAUGAUGGCAAAGAGCAUGAGGCAGAUGAGCAGGGUGAUGGGCCACGUGUACCCCGCAAGAGUAAAUUUGACAGUGAUGAUGAGGGGAAUGAUGACAAUGACAAUGAAGAAAAGCCCUCCACGAAGAAGGAAUUUUCUGGUCGCAGUCCAUCGCCUCCUGCAGAGGACAGUGAACCUGAAAUGACUGAGGAGGAAAAGGAAUUUCAGCUGAUGAUCAUCACAAAAACACUCCUGACAGAGAUCCUUCUUGAGGUCACGAAUGAGGAGAUUCUGCAUGUGGCCCAAGAGACUCACCGAAAAGCCACUCGAGCUCCUGCAAAACAGCUGGCACAGUCAAGUGCACUGGCUUCUCUGACUGGUCUCAGCGGGCUCGGUGACUAUGGUUCAGAUGAGAGUGAGGAUGAGGACGGUCGCAGCGUGCGAGGGUCUGAGUCCUCCGACACAGAUGAGGAGGAGUUACGUCACCGCAUCCGGGAGAAGCAGGACGCCUUCCGCCGCAAAGAACGGGAAAUGCAGCAGCUGCAAGAAAAACAAGCACAAGAGGUUCUGCUUGCACGUGAAGAGAUGGCGAAGGACAGAUUGAGCAGAGAAAAGGGGGAAUAUGAUGAGGGCCAGGCAGAGAAUCCACACAAACAGGAAGUAAAAGAGAGAGAGGCGGAGCCCUUGGUAGAGAGGCGUAGGUCCCGUAGUGAAAAGGAGGGUAGUGAAGGCAAGCACUCAGGUAGAGGGAAAGAGCGAUCAGGGCGAGGUGGCAGUGAUUCCCCGACCAAUGGUCACAGCAGCAGCUCCCUCUCCACCUCCAGCCACAGCAGCAGUCGCUCCUCAUCCUCCUCCUCUUCUUCAGCAUCUUCUCGCAGUUCCUCACGAUCCUCCUCCCCACGAAGGAAGAGGAGGCGUAGCCGCUCUUCGUCUCACAAGGCUCGCCGACGCAGCCGCAGCCACAGCUCCCAUAGGCACCGCAGUGAUCGUAGCGAGAAGGGCAGGGACAGGAGGAGGAGCAGUGCUGAGAGAUCAGGCCGCCACAAGAAAGACCGCAGUGAUUCCAGGGAGCGCAGGAGGAGGAGUAGGUCCAGAUCCAGAGAGAGAGACCGGGGCAGAGCCAGGGCUAGAGACACCCGCAGCCGCAGCAGAGACAGAGAGAAGGAGAAAGACAGGGAUAAGGAGAGGAAAAGGAGCCGGGAACGCAGGGAUAGUAGUCAUAGUCAUAGCAGCAAACACAAGCAGAAGGCCUCCAGCAAAGACAGGGAGAGGAGGAGAGACAGGAGUCGUAGCCAUGAGAAAGAUAAGAAAAAAAAGGAUAAAGACAAGGAUAGGGAUAGGGAGAAAGAGUCUGAUAAAAAGAGAGAAAAACCAAAGGCCAAAGAUAAAGAAAAGGAGAAGGAAAAGGGAAGCUCUGUAGUAACAGAGGAGAAUGGCAAAUCAAAGAAAAGGAAAGAGAGCGACUCAUGCACGGACUCUCAGAGCGACAAGCACUCCCGGCAGGAUAGCAAAACCAGCAAGAAGGGCUCCGCCAAGGUUAGCAAGAGGCGCUCAGACUCUGACUCAAGUAGAUCCCCUACCCCUGAAGUUAGCAAGGAAAAAAAAUCUAAGAAAUCCAAACGUAGUCGCUCAAGGUCGACGGAAAAAUCUCACAAGUCUGGUAAGAAGGCAAGCCGCAAACACAAGUCUAAGUCACGAUCAAGGUCAGUGUCCCCCUCCCGUCGUAGCAGACGCUGAGGAGCACAGUUAACCUCCUGAUCUGUGCACUUUGCCACUUUAAAUUCCAUGAGUUGAACAGGCUUGUCUCAUUAUAGAGGCAGUUGUGUAGGUGAACCCCCUCUCAUACAUUUCUUUCAUCUUUGUAAAUAUGUUGUUAUUUUUAAAGUGUGACUGAAGAACAAGACAUUUUGAAUGGUAGGAGUUUUCACUUGUAAUAUGCAAACCUUAAUAAGAUUCGGUGGACACUAAAAACUCAAGUUGUAUCAUUUUAAACCAUAACAGGAUUAACUUUUUUUUCCCAAAUAUUAUUGUAAAAUGUCCAAUAAAACAGUUUGUUCCUUG